AUGGUUCACUUCAGGAAAAGAUUAUACCUGGUGAUCACCGUUUCCCUGGCCAUCACUACAAUAAUGUUCUUCUGCCACAAGAAAAUACAUCUUUCUAUCACGCCAGCGGUGAAGAAAAACCUCUGCCGAGGGAUUCCUGCCCGUAAUACCAUCACACCCUUAAAAGAUAAACGAACCUUCAUUAUUGCUCCAUACUUUGACAACCGACAGAACAACAUGACAAGAGUGAUUGCAAUAGUCCACCACAAAGAGGUCAAGGAACUCUACUGCUGGUUCUGCCACCCAUCCAGUGGUGAAAUAUACAUCUCCAAGGCUGAAAUAAAUGUCCACUCUGAUAGAUUUGACUUUCCCUAUGGUGCCACUGACUUGCGUUGCCUAGAACCAGGAGCUUGGGAGCCACAUUAUGUGUCAAUACAUUGGUCUCUUUCUGGUGAUCCUGACCAGCUACCACUUUUUGAAAUAAGAAACCGUGAUCGUGAAGGUCCACUUGUGAAUUUCACAGUCUGCAUUUCCACCAUGUUUGGAGGAUACAACAAUGUCCUGCAGUUUGUGCAGAGCAUGGAGAUGUAUAAAAUCCUUGGGGUGGACAGAGUGAUGAUCUACAAGAACAGCUGCAGUCCACUGAUGGAAAAAGUACUGGACUUUUACAUUGCAGAAGGGAUUGUUGAGAUAAUCCCCUGGCCCAUUGAUUCCUACCUCAGUGUUGCUUCUCGCUGGCAUCAUUCAGUGGAUCCCAAAGACAUUGGCUACUAUGGCCAAAUCACAGCCUUAAAUGACUGUAUUUAUCGCAAUAUGUAUAGAAGCAGAUAUUUGCUGAUGAAUGACAUUGAUGAAAUUAUUCUACCAGUGAAGUAUCGAGAUUGGAACACCAUGAUGCAGAAUCUUCAGAUGCAGCAUCCAAAAGCUGCUGCUUUCAGCUUUGAGAACCAUAUUUUCCCCAAAAAUGUAUUCAGUCUUAAUGACCCAUUCAACAUUUCCUCUUGGAGGACGGUACCUGGAGUUAACAUUCUGCAGCACAUCCUCCGCGAACCUGACAGGAAGAACAUAAUCAAUCCUUUCAAAAUGAUUGUUGAUCCAAGGAAAGUGGUCCAGACAUCUGUCCACUCGGUUCUGCAGACGUUUGGGGACAGUGUUCAUGUUUCAAUGGACGUUGCCCUUGUCUAUCAUUGUCGUAUUCCCCUACAACCACAGCUGCCUAGAAAAUCCCUAAUUAACGAUACAACACUCUGGAGCUACAAUGUCACACUAGUUAGGAACGUCAGCAAAGUUCUACGACAGAUAGGUCUAUAA